ACAGUCUGGAAUUAAGACAGCCUGACUUCUUCAGGAAAGUUUCGUAUGACUACCUGAGAGAGCCUCAGGUGAUGCGACCACCUGAUGGAUGGGCGUCCACCAUGUCCCUCCCCCUCCUCCCCCUCCUCGUCCUCCUGCCAGCGUUCGGCCGGUGUCAGCCCGGAGGUCAGUUUGAUGUGUGUCGGUCUCUGCGCGACUCAGAGGCGGGGCCAGGCUGGGAGUUCUACGCCUGUCAGCCUCCACCUGCCAACAUGAAGGAGGUGAUGCAGAUCAGAGUCGACCCCCCUGGGAUCACCUGUGGAAACCCACCUGAGAGAUUCUGCACACUGGAGAACCCGUACCUGUGCAGUGAUGAAUGUGAUGCGUCCAGCCCUGACCUAUCUCACCCCCCUCAGCUGAUGGGAGACAGGGAGAGGGGGGGCCUCAUCACCUAUUGGCAGACAGUCACAUGGUCCCGGUAUCCUGAGCCGCUAUUGGCCAACAUCACUCUGUCUUGGAACAAGAGUCUGGAGGUGGUCGAUGACAUCACUGUCACCUUCGAGUACGGCCGACCGACCAGCAUGGUGCUGGAGAAGUCCAUGGACAAAGGUGUGACAUGGCAGCCAUAUCAGUACUAUGCUGAUGACUGUCUGGAGGCAUUCGGCAUGUCGCCUAAAAGAGUCUCUGAUUUAGCACCGAGUAAUUUAACCCGGGUUAUUUGCACCGAGCAGUACUCCCGCUGGGUCGGAGCCAAGGAGGAGAAGAUCGUGGUGUUUGAGGUGCGUGCUCGGUUCGGGGUGUUUGCAGGUCCGAAGUUGAUCAACAUGGACGCUCUGUACACCCGGAUGGAGACCAUGAAGGGUCUGAGAGACUUUUUCACCUUCACGAACCUCCGUCUGAGACUCCUCCGUCCAGCACUGGGAGGGACUUAUGUCCAGAGAGACAACCUGCUGAAGUACUUCUACGCUAUCUCGAACAUUGACAUACCAGCCAGAUGUAAGUGUAGCCUGCAUGCAUCUGAGUGUGUGUUACGAGAUGCGACGCUGCAGUGUGACUGUGACCAUAAUACGACAGGACAGGACUGUCAGCGCUGUAGUCGAGGGUUCAAAUCCCGCAGCUGGAGACCUGGAUCAUACCUACCCCUUCCCAAAGGCACUGCCAACACCUGUACGUAUCUGUUUCCUGUGAACUGUGAGUGUAACGGUCACUCCAACCGCUGCAGUUACAUUGACUUCAUCAACGUGGUUACAUGUGUGAGCUGUAAACACAACACACGAGGACAGAACUGUCAGUACUGUCGCCUCGGUUACUAUAGAAACACCUCACUGUCACUCGACGACGAGAACAUCUGUGUGGAGUGUGAGUGUGAUGCAGACGGCAGUGUUUCUCCUCACUGCUCUGACUCUGGUCUCUGUCAGUGUAGAGAUGGAGCCACAGGGAGGCGCUGUGACUCCUGUUUGCCUGGAUACACCCGGAGAAGAGGCGGGGCCAGCUGCACAGUGAACGUUUGUGACGAGGAGCGUUUGGUUUGUCAGAACGGAGGAACCUGUGUCGACUUCCAACGCUGCGUCUGUCCGGACAGUUUCACAGGUUCAUUCUGUGAGCAGAGCAUCUGUCUUAAGAAGGGUGGUUGCCUCAACAACGCCGAAGGCUCCUCCUCCUCUCUGACCUUACACCUUUACCUGUUGACCCUAAGUCUGAUCACCUCCUGA